AAACUAAAAUCUUAGGUUAUUUUUCUUCAACAUUGAACAUAAGUAAAAUUGUUAAAUCUCAACUUGAACUCUUAUUGCUUACUUAGUAGCUAAUAAAUUGAGUGUGAAAAAAUGGCAGUGAAUGGUAUUUUGAGUAAGGUGAAAAAAUUACUAAAUGUCUUCUAUGUACAGCAGGGUCCCUGUGGCCAGUCUUGCAGUGUGGUGAAAUGUUGGAAGUGGAAUGUCAAUGACAUUUUUGAAUACCACAGUAAAUAUGCAGUUGUUGUUCUAAAUCGCACAAUAAGUCAGAAUGAAGAGGUGAUUAAAAAGGUUUGGAAUAAUGCUUCGUUAAGGAUAACAGUAGAUGGAGGAACAGUGCAUUGGGACAGGUUUGUCAACAGUUUAUCAGAAAAUGACCAAACAAUCAUGAAAAUACCAGACUUAAUCACAGGAGACUUUGAUUCCAUCACCGAAGAUGUUUUGCAGAAGUAUAAAAAGAAAGGUUGUAAGACAAUACACACUCCAGACCAAAGUCACACAGAUUUCACGAAGGCAUUGAUUGAGCUAAAUAAUUAUUGUGAAGAGCAUCAAACAAAGAUGGAUGAAGUCUUAGUCAUAGCGCAGACUUCAGGCAGAUUAGACCAAAUUCUAGGCAACAUACAAACCUUGCAUUUAGUCAAAGAAAAUGGCCUCGUCCACCCAAAGACUAGGAUUUAUAUAAUGUCUGAUGACAGUUUAUCUUGGCUGCUUCAACCGGGUGAUCAUAUCAUCGACAUUCCAGAAGAAAGUAGGGGGUACAAAAGGGCAGGUUGCUCUUUGAUACCAGUGGGGGAGCCCUGCACCAGUGUUACUACUAGUGGACUUAAGUGGAAUUUGGAUAAUCAAGAGCUAAAGUUCGGUAAACUGGUGAGCACGUCAAACGCCUUCGAUGGAUCUGAACAAGUGAAAAUAAAGUGCAGUCACACAUUACUGUGGUCCAUGAAAGUUCCCAGUUUAAUGGGCAAAUAAACCCACCACGUUUGUUAUUCGAAGUCUUUGGCUUCGUCGGAAAUUCGUACGUUUUUUAAA